AUGCAUCUGCAUAGGAUUGCAGUCGCAUUUACAGGCCUGAUGUCGGCCGUUUCAGCCAUCACGGUCAAGUCCACCAAACAGUGGACAGUUGGUACCGAUGUCCAAGGCUCCGAGCGACUUAAUGGCGUGAGCUAUCAAGAGGAUGCUCUCAUUACAUACGGAGACUACCAAUAUAUCACUUUCUAUGAAACUGCUCCGGCGGGAUAUCUCCAUCAUUUCGUUAAGGUGGGGCGCAGAAAGGUUUCGCCUAGUGUCGGUGACUGGGAGUUUCUCACACUUGAUGACUAUACCCAAAAGACGAUGGACGGUCACAACAUGAUCUCUAUGGGUAUUUCUGGAGAUGGAAAGAUUCACCUCAGCUUUGAUCAUCAUGAUGUACCGAUCAAUUACCGCAUCUCGAGGACCGGUAUUGCAAGAGACGUUCCCUCGCAAUGGAACUCAGAUCUCUUCGGCCCUGUAGUCCAUGAGCUUGCCGGGUCUCAAGGACCUUACUCGCCACUAACGUAUCCGCGAUUCGAGCCUCUGAGUAACGGCGACCUUCUACUGGAAUUCAGAAUCGGACAAUCUGGAUCAGGCGAUAGCUACAUCCAUCGCUACAGCUCUUCCACUGGCGAAUGGCAGGCCUAUGGAAUGUACAUCCAAGGUGAUGACAACAAUGCGUACAUCAACGGACUAGAUUACCAGGAUGGAAAGCUGUAUACUUCGUGGACCGUCAGAGAAACACCAAAUGCUGACACCAAUCAUGGUGUCUAUUUUGCCUACUCGAAUGACGAUGGCAAAACAUGGUUCAACACAAAUGGUACCAAGCUGGCGAAGCCUAUUUCAACAUCUGAUGACAGCACUUUGAUCUGGGAUGUUCCUCAAAAUAGUCGCAUGGUCAACCAAGAGGGACAGCUCAUCGACACCAAGGGCAGGUUCCAUAUCCUGAUGAGAGACCUACUUUCCGGCGAGCAUCAGUACCAGCACUAUCUCCGGAAAGCUGAUGGUAAGGCUAUCAAUCUCCCUUCAACCAAUGUCGCUAAACCUCUGCCAGGAACAUGGACCAAGAAUGCCAACAACCCCGCUGGUCUCGACGGGCCUGACCUGUACGACCCCAGAGGCAAACUUGCCGGCGACGCGAGCGGGGAGUACUUAUUCGGUAUUCUCCCGGAUCCUGUGAAGCAAUCGACAGGCAUUUACGUCGCUACCGCAUCAAAGGAUUUCAAGGACUGGAAGAGUUUAGCUGAGAUCCCGAAUACUUCGACCGAACCCCUCUUUGAUAGGACAAGACUUCAUGAAUCGGGGAUUUUGAGCGUAUUUGUGAGACAAGCUGGCGGAUUUCCUGAUCGCAAGUUGCAAGUAUGGGAUUUUGAGCUUGACUUAUAG